CCGGCCCCACGGGGAGGCAGGGCCGGGCUGCCGCCCGGGGGAGAGGCGCUGGGGGCCGGGGGUGACCGCCGCUCUGCCCCCUCAGCGCUGGCCAUGGCUGCGCCGUGGGAGGACGUGCUGCGGAACGAGCCGGCCAUCCGGGAGGCCGCGUCGGUGGCCGUGGAUGCGGCGCUGCUGGAGGGCGUGCUGAUGCGGACCGAGCGGGAGCCCAACGCGUCGGAUGUGGUGAAUUAUGCUCCCUUCACACUGCUCCCAUCUGCAGUACCAAGUGCCCUGUUUGAACAAGCCUACGCUGUUCAGCAAGAUUUUAACCUGCUGGUGGAUGCUAUUAGUCAAAACAAAGAAUUCCUAGAGAAUACUCUGGCCAGCACCAUCAAGGUGGAUGACUUCACAGCUCGGCUCUUCAGAAUCCACAUGCAAGUUUUGGAGGAAGGCUUGGCUCAGUCUGUGUUUUUAGGCAUAAACCGCUCCGAUUACAUGUUUGACUGUGGGGUGGAUGGGACACCGGCUCUGAAGCAAAUAGAAAUAAACACCAUUGCUGCCAGCUUUGGAGGCCUCACCUCCCGCACUGCGGCGGUCCAUGGGCGGGUGUUAAAAGUGCUGGGAAAGACUAAGGAGGCAUCACGCCUGCUGCCCAACAACCCAUCGAAAGGGCUUGCCUUGGGUAUUGCAAAAGCCUGGGAGCUCUACGGUUCUCAAAGUGCUGUGGUGAUGUUUCUGGUGGAAGAAGUCCAAAGGAACAUUUUUGAUCAGCGAUGUGUAGAAAAUGAGCUUUGGAACAGGAACAUUCGGGUUAUCAGGAAGCGAUUCAGAGAUGUGUUUGAAAAGGGGUCUCUGGAUGAUGCCAAGAGGCUGUAUAUGGACGGCCAGGAGGUAGCAGUGGUGUACUACAGAGAGGGCUACGUGCCAAAGAACUACGACCAGCAGAACUGGGAGGCACGGUUGUUGCUGGAGAGAUCAAGGGCAGUGAAGUGCCCUGACAUUGCUACCCAACUCGCAGGCACCAAGAAGGUGCAGCAGGAGCUGAGCCGGCCAGGGACACUGGAGAGGUUACUGCCCGGCCGUGCCGAGGCUGUCGCCCGAAUAAGAGCAACAUUUGCUGGACUCUAUUCCCUGGAUGUGGGCGAAGAGGGUGACAAGAUAGCUGCUACAGCUAUUGCUGACCCCGACCGGUUUGUGCUGAAGCCACAGCGAGAAGGUGGAGGGAACAACCUCUACGGUGAAGAGCUCAGGCAGGUUCUGGAGAAGAUCAGGGACAGCCCUGAGAGAACCUCCUACAUCUUGAUGGAUAAGAUCAAACCACAGCCAACAAUGAAUUACUUGCUGAGGGCUCACAGUCCCCUGCAAGUGUCUGAAUGUAUCUCGGAGCUUGGUAUUUUUGGUGUCUAUGUCAGACAGGGCAAGGAGAUGGUGAUGAACGAGGCUGCCGGCCACCUCCUGCGGACAAAGGCGAUCGAGCAUGCAGACGGCGGGGUAGCAGCUGGUGUGGCAGUGUUGGACACUCCUUACCUGGUGUGAGGAGGUGAUGCCCUAUCCCACCCGCCUCACUGUGCUUCCUGAACAGCUGAUCUACUACAGGGAUGUUCUCCUGAAGGUGUGCUUACUGAGGUCUGACGUGUUGGGGUCUGUGAGAAGGGACUGUGUGGACGCAACCGCUCAAACAUCCCACGUGCCAGCCCCAGCUUCUCCUCUGCAAUUCCUCCUGCAGGAAGAAGGGACUUCCUUGCUCUGCCUGCUCAGGGGGCCCUGCCCAGAGCGCAUCCCAGCUGUGACCUCCCAGGACUGCACUGGUCCGGGUGUUCCCUUGGGGGCUAGCCUGCGGCCAGGAGUACGUACAGCAAAGCUGAAUGGUGAACGUGCCACAACAGGCACUUUUGCUGUUCCCAGUUUCGUGCUCCUGGAUGCUGCAUUAUUUCUGGAGACACGCAAACCCAAAGCCUAUAGAACGGGAGGAGAAAAUUGGGAUAUAUAAGGCUUCAUCUGUGGGAUUUGUGGCCCAGUGCCUCAGUGCUUUCCAGGUUAAAGAGGGGAGCCCAGCGCCAUGUGUCCAUGGCUCCUCCAGCCCUCCUUCAGGUGCUGCCGCUGCCCCCAUUUCUACUUUUCCCUGUGCCUGAGGAUCCUCGGGAUUCCUGCGCAAGGGACAGCUGCCCUGGUGUAAUUUGCCAGAGGGCCUGAUGCUUGCUUUUGCUUUGCCCAGCUCCUGGUUUGUUGGACUGGGUACUCAUGCCAGACAGUGCCUCUGUGCUACGCAAGGUAAGCGACAGUGCAGAACGCAUCUGGGAGGGCUGUGUCUGCUCCCAUUGCCUGCUGCAGCCUUGUCCAACAGAUCCCCGCAGGCUGGCAUAAGAAGCCCUCAACAAUGGUGGCAGAUCCCAACAUGAUGGUGAAUUGAACCCCUGAGGGCUUGUGCCGGUGCAUCCCACUGCCCUUUAGGCACUGCGUGUGGCACAUGCAGCCCAAGAGCGGUGUCAGGGAUGGGAGGUGAUGACAUCCAAGAGUGGACGUCAGCAGCGGGAGCUUUGUGGUGAGGAGGGAAAGGAGUCGCAGGAGAGGCUGAGUGGGACCAGCACCAGCAGAUGGCGAGAUGUGUCUCCCUCCAGGUUUCAUGACUCGGUGGGAACAGCGCAGCGACAUGGAGGAUCAGGACUCUCCUUCCCGAGGUGUUCUGCCUCUGCCUCCUCAGCCAAACAGUUCAAGGGGAAACAUAAAAGAUGCAUCUUCCUGGCAGUGCCGUGGU